GCUCCUCCCGUCUCCAUUCGCGCGGUGAACCGCGAGCGCCUGGAGCUAGUCCAGGUUAGGUGUGGGGCGCCGGGAUCGUGGUCCCGAUCAGUGGGGCCCCUCGCAGCACCCUCGCAAUUACCCCUACGUCCCCACACCCUUGAGUGACUAGUGUAGUCUCCCUAUAACCCCCGGCGACGAGUCCGGCAGCGCGCCCAUUCUUCACGCAGCGCCGGGAAGGACUUUCGAAGAGUUGGGAAUUCUACUUGCGCGCUGUACUUACCGCUUUGUACCCAAAAUCUUGUAAGGUAGGAUUGAUCAUCAUCCCCAUUGCACCGCCAAGGAAACAGAGGCACAGAAAGGCAAAGCGAAGCCAGCACCAAGAGGGCAAAGAUUUUUGCCUGUAUUGUUCCUUGCUGUGUCCCCAGUGCCUAGAAAAGCAAAUGACAAUGUGGCUGGAGGUGGGGGGCCUACUACGGGGGACCUGUGGACAGUGGGGCCGGACUACUGGUCGGCCUUGUGGGGCCCUGGGGCCUGGGCCCCUCUGCUGGGGGCCAUGUGGGGGUCCUUGGACCCAAAAGCUUCACCAGGAUGGGCCUGGCAGGGGCCUGGGUGAGGAGGACAUUCGCAAGGCACGGGAGGCCCGGAUCAGGAAGACAGCCCGGCCCCAGCUGAGUGACCGUUCUCGAGAGCGCAAGGUGCCCACCUCCCGCAUCAGCCGCUUGGCCAACUUUGGGGGACUGGCUGUGAGCUUGGGGCUGGGAGCACUAGCUGAGAUGGCCAAGAAGUCCCUGCCCGGAGGACGUGUACAAUCAGAGGGAGGCUCCCGGCCGGGCUCCAGCAUUUUCCUUUCGGAGGCCAAUGCCGAGCGGAUUGUGCAGACCUUGUGUACGGUUCGGGGGGCUGCCCUCAAGGUUGGCCAAAUGCUCAGCAUCCAGGACAACAGCUUCAUCAGCCCCCAGCUGCAGCGCAUCUUCGAGCGGGUUCGCCAGAGCGCCGACUUCAUGCCCCGCUGGCAGAUGCAGAGAGUUCUGGAAGAGGAGCUCGGCAGGGACUGGCAGGCCAAGGUGGCCUCUCUGGAGGAGGUGCCCUUUGCUGCUGCCUCAAUCGGGCAGGUGCACCAGGGCGUGCUGAGGGAUGGGACAGAGGUGGCCGUGAAGAUCCAGUACCCAGGCGUCGCCCAGAGCAUCCAGAGCGACAUCCAGAACCUGCUGGCAGUGCUCAAGAUGAGCGUGGCCGUGCCGGAGGGCCUGUUUGCAGAGCAGAGCCUGCAGGCCUUGCAGCGGGAGCUGGCUUUGGAAUGUGACUACCGUCGUGAGGCGGCUUGUGCCCAGAACUUCAGGCAGCUGUUGGCAGACGACCCCUUCUUUCGGGUGCCAGCCGUUAUUCAGGAGCUGUGCACGACACGGGUGCUGGGCAUGGAGCUGGCUGGAGGGGUCCCGCUGGACCAGUGCCAGGGCUUGAGCCAGGACAUCCGGAACCAGAUCUGCUUCCAGCUCCUGAGGCUUUGUCUUCGGGAGCUGUUUGAGUUCCGAUUCAUGCAGACGGACCCCAACUGGGCCAACUUCCUGUAUGAUGCCUCCAGCCACCAGGUGAUCUUGCUGGACUUUGGUGCAAGCCGGGAAUUUGGGACUGAAUUCACAGACCAUUAUAUCGAGGUGGUGAUGGCUGCAGCCAACGGAGACAGAGACCGGGUCCUGCAGAAAUCACGAGACCUCAAAUUUCUCACAGGCUUUGAGACCAAGGCAUUCUCGGACGCCCACGUGGAGGCCGUGAUGAUCCUGGGGGAGCCCUUCGCCACCCAGGGCCCCUACGACUUUGGAGCGGGCGAUACUGCCCGCCGUGUGCAGGGCCUCAUCCCUGUGCUGCUGCAGCACCGGCUUCGCCCACCGCCUGAAGAGACCUAUGCCCUGCACAGAAAGCUGGCAGGGGCUUUCCUGGCCUGUGCCCGCCUCCACGCCCACAUCGCCUGCCGGGACCUCUUCCAGGACACCUACCACCGCUACUGGGCCAGUCGCCAGGCAUAGCCACUGCCCGAAGCCUCCUAACCAGAGGGAUGUCUGCUCCGACCCCUCAGAGACUCCAUCUCGGGAUUCCAGCCCCAUAGCAGGCCAUCCCCUGCUCUGAGGCCUCCUUCCCUCUCUGCUGCAGGUCUGGGGACCCACCUUGGGCUUGGGACUAGGGAACUCCAGCUUCAUAGCCCCGUUUCCUGCUCUCCCCACUCCAAAGGGAGCAUCCAGGAACUCCACCCAGCUAGUAAUUUAUGUCUGCCAACAUGUGACAGAGCCUUAGGCCCCCCCGCACUGCCAUUGUGGAGAUCAGACUCACCUAGACGGGGAGACCCUGACCUCUGCGUCAGGUCUCCCCCAGAUGUGGCCGGUGUUUGAAUCUUCGGUCCUAAUAAAAGUGGCCCUCCCCUUC